CGGAACCGGCGCCUAUUGAUUGGCCGUCGAGAUUACAUGCAUCUGACCCAAGGAGUUGAGAUCCACGCCGGCGGGAAGGAUGAGAGGAUCCGGAACCCACCCGACGACCGUUGGGGAAUGCCUCUGCGGAGGCUUAGGGGCUUAUCAGAUGUGACCCGUAAUGUGGCGUAAACCAUUACUAGCCACAGUUUACCUCUAUACAGCAAUUUGUCGAGCAAGAUCCAUCUUGCAGCAUCUCAACCCAUCAGUCUUAUCGUGCCGGUCCUGUGGUCAUCGCUUUGGCCGCAUGUUCAUACACAGUACACUUGUCCUUCUUGAGCCUCCCAUGACGACCCCGGUUCCUACCUGCGCAGUAGGAUGGACCUAUGUACACAGUACUGUGGUACAGUGAUACUCUUACCUAUCCAAAUGCGCCUUGCGGAUUUCGCACCAACA